AUGCUACCCCAAUCUCUUCUACUCGCAAUCCUCCUCCUCCUUCCCGGGAAUGCGCACUGUGCAAACCAAAUUUCAUUUACGAGCCAGCUCCAACUAGACCCCCAGCAUCCCUUCACUCUCGAGGACAAUCAACAACCUCCCCACUUCACACCUUCGUCGUCGUACCCACUACCGCCUACACCUGCUAUUCUCAAAUCGCGCCCCACCACCGUCUUCAGACCUAGGUCCCUUAAUGCCCUUCAUCGCUCCCGCUUACGAUCUCUGCGUCAUGCAGAAAGUGAACUAGAGCCGUUGGCAUGGGAUCCGACGGAGGUUCAAGGCCCAGAUGUCGAGGACUUGCAUACCCUAACCCAGUUGGCUCGUAUGUCUGGAAAUGCAUAUGCCCUACCAGGUCAGAGCAACUGGUAUGAGGUUGAUCAAGCAUGGAACACGAGCUUCCCAUUUGGCUGGGAAGAGUCAGAUGGCUUCAGAGGGCAUGUAUUCCUCUCCUCUGACAACACAACCAUCGUCUUGUCGAUCAAGGGAACUACAUUACAAGGGCCUACCUCUAAGCUCGACAAAUUCAAUGAUAAUCUGCUUUUCUCCUGUUGCUGCGCCCGAGUAGACUUCUCUUGGGUGUUGCGAACCGUAUGCGAUUGCUACGCUCGCAACUUCCGAUGUGAUAACCAAUGCCUGACGGAUGCUCUAGUGCAAGACAGCUUGUUCUACUCUAUAGGUGUUAAACUGGUAGAUGAUCUUCGCAAGAUCUACCCGGCUGCGAACCUUUGGCUGGUCGGUCAUUCUUUGGGAGGUGCCCUUUCAAGUUUACUCGGGGCGACAUAUGGUCUUCCUGCUGUGGCAUUCGAGUCACCAGGCGAGAGGCUUGCAGCAUCGCGCUUACAUCUUCCCCUUCCUCCGCCUAUUCUUGUCCCAGGCCAGCCUCCUCCUCACAAGAAGCGCAAUUUCUUCACGUCCUGGCUCCAGAAAUUUCCCUUCCCGACAAGCAGCCAGCCCUCCAUUCCUGUUCCGACGCCUCCAUCGCCUUACCCACCGCCUUCUCCCUCCCACUACCCCAUCGCCACUACCCAUGUGUAUCACACAGCCGACCCGAUUCCUCAAGGUACCUGCACAGGCUCCUGGUCGCCGUGUGCUCAGGCCGGCUAUGCGCUAGAGACCCGCUGCCAUUUGGGGCAGAGCAUCAUUUUCGAUACGGUCAUGAAGCUCGGAUGGGUACCUAAUGUGCAGAGACAUGUUAUCAAGCAGGUCGUGCACAAUGUGCUAGAGGCGGAUGUCUGGUGGGGCGAUGACGACGAAGAGGAAGGUGACGGUGAUGAUGAUGGAGAUGUCGAGGAUGACGGAUCAUUGGGCCAGAAGAGGAAAGGGAAAGAGGGCGAGGGCGAUGAUAAUGACAAGAAGAAGAGAAGAGAAGGAAGAAAUGUAGUACCGAAACCGAUCAUUGAGGAGGAUUGUGUGGACUGCUACAAAUGGGCGUUUGGUGACUUUAAGGAUGAACUGCAGUGA